AGAAGGAUAACGUAGACUCACUUGUUUUCCAAGACACCAUGCCGUCUCCCAAUAUAUCGCGGCGCUGUCGUUUCAAUGGUAUAUAGAUCUUGCCGACUUAUUCUUUGCGCUCCUUGUUGGCUCAUUCUGCUCCCUUGCUGCCAAGGCAGCAUGUGCUGACCCUACCUUUGUGGUCUCGGUGCAAGCAAGCCAAGCUUGUUUCGACGCCAAGACCACCUCCCAAAACGCUCGCCACGGAUCAGACACGUUAGUAAUCGCACUACCGCCUCGCACCGGUCUUCGCUGGGUGUUCGAUGGACAGCACAAAGCGACGAGCAAAUGGGCGGCCAAAGCAGCAGCUGGUACCAAUCGACCUGGGAGCCAGUCCGCUUUCGUACCUGGCACCAUCGUUAUACGAGGAGUCUUCAGUUCGCUAUACGCCGCUGCUAUGCAGCAAGGACGCUCAUGGACCGUUAGAUGCGCUUCGCGAGCCCGCGACCCGCCCAAAGCGUGCAGUCAAAUCAACAACGUAUCCACGAACCGCUUGCAAACCACGUUACACCUCUUUCGGAUGUUGCAGCGAGCAUUCAGCUGCGCCUGACUCUGUUCUGAUACCGUCUCUUGCAGUCGCAGAUGACGAUGAUGAUGACGAUCAUCAUAAUGUUGGCGAUGGCGUGAUCUUCGAAGCAGAGACGUCUGAUGGCGCAGACCGCGUGUACAUGCUCAAUGCCAGGGCUGACAGCUUUUGUGGUACGCUUCCAUUUGAUGAUGACCCAGCAGAAUGGGCAAGGACGUCAGAUCUUGCUAGCUCAGCUCUGCAGCGUUUCAAGAGCACACAAUCUGUGGCUGAGCAGCAGCAGCAUCGCAGCACUCCAGAGCAUGUCGGUGGCAAUGGAUCAAAGCAUGCCCUUAGAUUGCGCGAAGACGCAGUCUUACGCGACGUCAUGCACUGUAUCAAGCAACGCCUGUCUACCACCAGUGAUCAUCUAACGCUUGAGCGCGUGGCAUCGGCAAACAAGGAUGUAAAGUGUGCUCAUCCAUACUGUCCGGCUUCCAGCGGCAAGAUUUCCGUGGGCGCAUACUACAUGAUUCUUGGUCAGCCGACGCACCUUGAGAGCGCUGAAUGCUAUUGUCUCUUCUGUUUAGAGCAACUAUGGGCGGGCAAAAACAUCCUGCCUCCACUGCCAAACGCCAAGGUGAUCAACGCAGUAACCGAUGGCGACAGCUACUUUGAUGAAACCGGGGCGGAGCAGCCUGCUACGCCCUGGAAGCUCUAUUUGGACGGAACGAUGGAUGACGCAAGGCUGUCAGGUGCAGGACGGGCGCCAAAUCAUACGUUGAGAAAAGACAGCGGUGCAAGCACCGUGUCUCCUCGACUGCACGGGACCGAACCUACGGUGCCUAGAACGAAACAGCAGCAAAGGCGUGGCAGUUGUAGGGAGAUGCUCAACCUCAAAACAGGCUUCGGACAAGCGUUCGUGGACGGCCAAUCCAGACUUGCAAAGAAGCGUGACCCAGCGGGUGAUAGUGGGCGACGAACUACAAGAUUACAAACGAACAACGGCAAUGAUGCAGUGCCAUCUACGCCUGACCCCCGGGACCUCUCGUCAUCUCCUACGGCGGCCCGCAACAUGCAAAGCGCAAUCGCAACUAAACCCGCCAAGUCGACAGAAGGUCUUGCUAAUGAAAUUGCGAAAGCUGAGAAAAGGCUAGCAGAGAUGUACCGACAGCGUGAUCGCACGCUCGCCACUUUGCAGCCUGGCCAAAGCAGUGAAGUGAGCCUCCCGCGCUAUCGAAAGGCUGGUGGCGCCCCUAGGAUAAGUGUAGACAUGUUCGGCGUGCCAUAUACAGAUCUGUUAGCCGACCACGUCAAGUACUGGACGAAGCAAGGACCGCUAGCCGUUGAUCAGUGUGGUACAAGACGCACCGAGCGGAAGGAACAAAGAUUGAACAAGCCAAAACCGUUGGCCUGCAUUGAGCACCGAACGGAUUUUGUGUCAGUGUACAACGAGGCUUAUGAAAAGCAAGACAAUAAGGAAGGGCAUGAGGACGGCGCCGAUUUCGAAGCUCCUGACGGUAACGAAGACGGAGUUCAAGACGAUCCUAAAGCACAGAAAGAUGGCGACAACCAGGCCUGCGGGAAAGUUGCGAAGCGAAUUACGUUGUCGCCGCUGUUGAGUGCUUCACAGGUCGAGCGACUGUUCAUCCCAGCGUAUUUGCAGCAGGUCAACGUGCCUUCUAUGGCACGGAAUUACAUGCUCUUUCCGGAACAUCAAUCUGCGGAGGUCAUAGAUUCCACUGCGCCACUCAACAGCGAAGUGUCAAUGACUGACCUGCCACAGUGCGACGGUCCUGCAACCUUGCCGCUAACGCCGCAGCACCACUAUCGGCGCAGCAAAAUCAAAGCAGCAUGAAGAACGUUACGCUGUAGCAAACGAUGUCCAGUCACCUCGGCAUGACCCGGCUGAAGCAGAGGUCCCAACGCGCUGUCCAGAAACACCAGGUGGCCCUUAUUUGUCGCCUUCUUCUACCAACAGCGUUGAAACAUGGCGAGAACCACCCAC